AUGUCUGCCGCAGACGUGCAAAAGGUGUCCAUCCUCGGACGAGAGUCCAUCCACUGUGGUUUCCACCUCGUGCCCUACAUCGUCAAGACUGUCUUGGACGCACUCCCCGCAUCUACCUAUGUCCUCGUCACUGAUACAAACGUCGCGAACCUGCAUUUGGCGGCAUUCCAAAGCGCGUUCGACGAGCACAAGCUCAGGGGACGUGCCAGGUUCCUGAGCUACGUUGUCCAGCCCGGCGAGACCAGCAAAUCACGAGAGGGCAAGGCGGAUAUCGAGGACUUCCUCUUGCUGAACAAGUGCACCCGUGACACUGUCAUCCUCGCUCUCGGUGGAGGAGUCAUUGGCGACCUCGUCGGGUUUGUCGCCGCGACCUUCAUGCGAGGCGUGCGCUUCGUGCAGAUCCCUACGACCCUACUUGCUAUGGUCGACUCUAGCGUGGGCGGCAAGACCGCUAUCGACACGCCUCACGGCAAGAACCUUAUUGGAGCGUUCUGGCAGCCGGAGUACAUCUUCAUUGACGCUGCGUUCCUCGAGACGCUUCCCGCGCGCGAAUUCUCCAAUGGCAUGGCCGAGGUAGUCAAGACCGCGGCGAUCUGGAACGAGAACGAGUUCUCUGCGCUCGAGUCCCGCUCCGCUGAGAUCUUCGCUGCUAUCCAGACGCCCUCGAAGGAUUUCUCCGGGCGCACCGCGGCGACGCGCUCUGCCGCCCAGCAGCUGCUCCUCUCCGUCAUCGUCGGCUCCAUUUCCGUCAAGGCGCACAUCGUCACCAUCGACGAGCGCGAGACCGGCCUCCGAAACCUCGUCAACUUUGGGCACACCAUCGGACAUGCCAUCGAGGCCGUGCUCACGCCGACGAUGCUCCAUGGCGAGUGCAUCAGCGUCGGGAUGAUCCUCGAGGCGGAAGUCGCGCGCCAGCUUGGCGUGCUGAGCCAGGUCGCGGUCGGGAGGUUGACGCGCUGUCUUAGGGGAUACAACCUCCCCGUGUCGCUCUCGGACCCGCGUAUCGCGAGCUUGCCCGCGGCCAAGGGCCUCGGUGUCGAACGUCUCCUAGACAUCAUGAAGAUUGACAAGAAGAACAGCGGUCCCCAGAAGAAGAUCGUGAUCCUCGCCAGGAUCGGUGCUACGUACGAGCAGAAGGCGACCGUCGUUGCGGACAGCGUCAUUUCGAAGACACUAUCAGAGGCGGCCAGGGUCGUGGCGGGCAUUCCGACGAAGAGCCCGGUGACAAUGGCCACGCCUGGCUCGAAGAGUAUCUCUAACCGCGCGCUGCUCCUUGCAGCGCUGGGGACAGGAACGUGCAGGCUGAGGAACCUUCUUCACUCGGAUGACACACAAGUCAUGAUGAACGCUCUCGGCGAACUGAAGGGCGCUAGCUUCUCAUGGGAGGACGGCGGAGAAACGCUAGUUGUGGAAGGUGGUCAAGGCUCCCUCGCCGUGCCGCCCAAGGGCAAGGAGAUCUACCUCGGAAACGCCGGGACCGCAGCGCGCUUCCUCGCCACGGUCUGCACGUUGGUUCAAGCGUCAGCGCCCGGGGAGCGCACAGUCAUCACCGGGAACGCGCGCAUGAAGCAGCGCCCUAUCGGGCCUCUCGUGGACGCUCUCCGCGCCAACGGGAGCGACAUCCAGUUCCUCGAGUCGCAAGGCUGUCUCCCGCUCUCGACCGCCCCCGCAGGGCUCAAGGGCGGGCGCAUCCAGCUCGCUGCGAGCGUCUCCAGUCAAUAUGUCUCGUCCAUCCUGCUGUGUGCGCCAUACGCGCAAGAGGCCAUCACCCUCGAGUUGACGGGUGGCCAGGUCAUCUCGCAGCCGUACAUCGACAUGACCAUCGCGAUGAUGCGUACGUUCGGCGUCGACGUCGUGCGCGAGAAGGACGCGGCGACGGGCAAGCUGCUCGACGUGUACCACAUUCCGAAGCAGGUGUACACGAACCCGGCGAACUACAACAUCGAGUCUGACGCGAGCAGCGCGACUUACCCGCUUGCUGUCGCCGCUAUCACGGGCACUACGUGCACGAUCGGCAACAUUGGCUCGUCGUCUCUGCAAGGUGACGCGCGCUUCGCGAAGGAGGUCUUGGAGCCUAUGGGCUGCAAGGUUGUCCAGACUGAGACGGAGACCACCGUGACGGGUCCACCAAUUGGCCAACUCAGGGCCCUUGGAUACGUCGAUAUGGAGCCAAUGACGGAUGCGUUUUUGACAGCGUCCGUGCUUGCCGCAGUCGCGUCCAUGCCGCCUUUCAAGGAGCGUGAGCUUACCGACGGUUCGAAGCCGACGACGACGAGGAUCCUCGGUAUUGCGAAUCAGCGCGUGAAGGAGUGCAACCGCAUCAAGGCUAUGAUUGACCAGCUCGCUAAGUUCGGUAUUGAGACGAAGGAGCUUGAUGAUGGUCUCGAGGUUUACGGAAAGCCCAUCCCCGAGUUGAAGCAGGGCGCCAGUGUACACUGCUACGAUGAUCACCGUGUGGCCAUGGCAUUCAGCGUCCUUGCCACUGUGGUGAACGGCACCAUUCUCGAAGAGAAGCGGUGCGUGGAGAAGACUUGGCCGAACUGGUGGGACGAUCUCCAGAACAAGAUUGGUGUAGACGUCGAGGGCGUCGAACUCCGUGCCGCCGAUUCGGGUGCUUCUGCUAGCACGCCUGCCAGUGCUGCUGCUGCUGCUUCAGCCGUGAUCAUUGGAAUGCGGGGCUCUGGCAAGACGUACAUCGGUGAACUCGCGUCGUCGAUCCUUGGCUGGCAGUUCCUUGACGCGGAUGCUGUCUUCGAGGAGAAGCAUAAAGUCGGCGUCCGCGAGUUCGUCGCUAAGGAUGGUUGGCCCACGUUUCGCGCAGCCGAGACGGACAUCCUGCGCGAACUUCUUGCCCAAAACCCGACAGGCCAUGUAAUCAGUCUGGGAGGCGGCAUCGUAGAGACGCCUGCUGCCCGCGACCUGCUGAAGGCCUACGCCAAGCGUGGUCCCGUUGUCCACAUCGUUCGGGAGAUCGACGAAGUUGUCAAGUACCUGGGAGAGGAGACUGCUCGGCCUGCGUACGGAGAGCCUAUCAUCGAUGUUUACCAGCGCAGAGAACCAUGGUUCGCCGAGUGCUGCAGCUACGUCUUCGUUAACUACACUGGGGUUCUCACUGCGGCGGAGGAGCCGAAGUCGAACGACCCCGUGCUUGCAACUUUGAAGCCGAACGGGUUCCGUAACGAGGUCGAGCGGUUCUUCAAGCACGUCACUGGUCAGCGCCCCAAUCUAGUGUCGACAGAUGCCGACGCGAGGUCGUACUUCUUGUCACUCACCUACCCCGAUAUCACCCCCGCUCUGCCAUUCAUCGAGGAGUUGACCUCCGGCGUCGAUGCAAUCGAGCUCCGCGUUGACUUGUUGCGCACGUCGAAGGACUUCGAUAAGCCGGGUCCGUACAUCCCUUCCGUAGCGUAUAUCACGGACCAGAUCGCUGCCUUGAGGCAGGUCACUAGCCUGCCCAUCGUUCUCACCGCGCGCACGUUCUCCCAGGGCGGACAGUUCCCUGACAACGCAGAGAAGGAAGCCUUCGGGCUGUUCCAGUCCGCGGUUCGCCUGGGUGUCGAGUACAUCGAUGUCGAGAUCUCCUGGUCCGAGCGACUCAUCCAGGAUCUUGCAUCUCGCAAGGGUCACUCGAAGAUCAUCGCGUCGUGGCACGACUGGAGCGGCAACAUGCGCUGGGACUCCAAGGCCGUCGAGGCCAAGUACCGCAUUGCCGCAGCGUCGGGAGACAUUGUCAAGAUCGUCGGGAAGGCGAACGCCCUCGAGGACAACUUUGCUCUCCAGGACUUCGCCCGUCGUAUGGCCACCGCCCCUGGUGCCAAGCCUCUGAUAGGCAUCAACAUGGGCAUCGAGGGCCAGCUUUCGCGCAUCCUGAACAAGACACUCAGUCCCGUGUCCCACCCACUGCUGCCUACCAAGGCUGCUCCCGGCCAACUUUCCUUCGCACAGAUCCAGACUGCGUUGCACCUGAUUGGUUCGGAACCUGCGCGCCGCUUCUACCUCUUCGGGAAUCCCAUUGCACACUCCAUGUCCCCGACCCUGCACAACACGGCGUUCGAGGCCCUUGGCCUUCCGCAUACCUACGAUCUCUUGGAGACAGCGACUGUCGGCGAGGAAAUCAAAGCGGCUCUGGCGGCUCCAGACUUCGGCGGUGCAUCCGUAACGAUUCCUUUCAAGCUCGAUGUCAUGCCCCUCCUGGAUUCGUUGUCUCCCGAGGCAGAGGCAAUCGGCGCGGUCAACACCAUCAUUCCCAAGAGGAAGGCCGACGGCUCUCUACUCCUUCACGGCGACAACACGGACUGGAUCGGCAUCCAGCAGUGCAUUCGGUCGUCGCUCGCCAAACCCAUUGUGAAGUCGGACGCAGCGCUCGUCAUCGGUGCCGGUGGCACGUCGCGCGCUGCGAUUCACGCGCUGCACAAGCUCGGGUUCAAGUCGAUCUACCUCUUCAACCGCACGCGCCAGAGCGCGGAAGCGCUCGUCAGCGCGUUCCCCGACGCGAACGUCGUGAUCAUCGACGCGCUAGGUGCGUGGCCCGAGGGUGGCCAGGCGCCGCUCGUCGUUGUCUCCACUGUGCCCGCCUCGGCGACUACGACGGACCCCGGCGUCGCCAACGCGCUCUACCUCCCGAGUGCUAUCUUUGCUGCCCACCUGCACGGCGUGGUGAUCGAUAUGGCGUACAAGCCUGCGGAGACGCCGUUGCUCACGUUGGCGUCGAACGUCGCGAAGGACUGGACGUCAGUGCGGGGCCUCCAGGUCCUGCUUGAGCAGGGAUUCAUGCAGUUCUACUUGUGGACCGGCAGGCGGUGCCCGACGCGUGUGGUCAGCGGGCGUGUCUGGGCCAAGUACAAUGCAUAGGCAUUCCUGAGGGUAGAACGACGUCUUGGUUUCUGCCCACGUGAAAGCAUAGAAGU